AUGACAAAAUUCCCCGAAGAUCAUUAUGAAUGCUUAAAUUUAACAGAACUUAAAAGUAACAUAGAGGAGAAAAACAUAUUAGGUUAUAGUAUUAACUAUACAGUAAAUGGGUUAUUAUUUUUUGGAGGAUUUAAAAUAGAUGAUGAAAAUUCCACAGGUGUUAUAUGUAAUGAUUCUUAUUUAAUUAACAUAAAUAAUGAGAAAGCAAAAUAUGAAAGUUUGUUAAGUAAAAUAAAGCCACCUCCAAGAUGCUAUCAUAACACAUGUACUUUAUUAGAUAAUCAUGUAGUUAUUUUUGGAGGUUUGAAUUCGGAAUGUCCUUUUAUAGCUUUAAAUGAUUUGUGGAUAUUUAAUAGUACUAAUAAAACGUUUUUGAAAUUAAGAAAUGGCUUAGAAGAAGAAUCAAGUAGUGAAAAUGCUGGAAUUUCCAAAGAUGAUUUAGAAACAUCGAUGGACCCCAAAUUAAAUGAACUCGAAAUCUCUGAGAUCGAUGAAGAGGGUAGUAAUGAUGAUUCAUUUUUGGAUGAUGAAUAUGUUAGAAGUUUAAAUAAAUACAUACAAUAUAACAUAAACAAAAAUAAUACCAAGAAUAUCAACGAUGGAAAUUUGCUUACAAAUAAUGUACCGUUGCCUCGAUAUUAUUCCAGCUUAGACAUAUAUGUAGUAAAAAAAAAAGAUACGGAAAUACCAAAAGAAGAAAAAGAUGAAAUUGUUACUAAAGAUAAUAAAAUAUUCAUAAAUAAUGCAAAAAAUUAUGAAUAUUUUAGUUUGAUAAUUUUUGGAGGAUAUGGAGGCUAUGAUAGAACGAGCUUUAAUGAUUUAUAUGAAUACAGCAUAUUAAAUAAUGAAUGGAUAUUAAGACCGUGCAAAGGUAAUAUUCCUUCAAAUAGAUAUGGACAUAUCUCAUUUAUAAAUGGAAAUAACUUAUUUAUAUUAGGAGGUACAAAUGCUGAAGUAAGUUUUACUGAUAUGUAUUCAUGUGAUUUAAAGAAAAAUGAGUGGACAGAAGUUGAUUUCUCGUAUUCUUUUAACUCAUCUAAAGUUUUUUGUAGAAAUGUCCUAGUUGAAUCUAUAGAUAGAAAUAUAAUUUUCAUAUUUGGAGGCUAUAAUAUUAUAAGUGAUGACAAAGGAAAUAGAAAAAUCGAAUAUGGGAGUGGCGAAUUAAACAUGUUGAAAUUAUAUGACACAUUUAAAUUAGAGGAGUUAAAAUAUAAUAUCAUUAGAAAUAAAAAUUCGAGUUACAUCAAAGAUACAUUGCCAAUAACUAGUGUUUUAAACAGCACUGAUGGUAGGAUAAAUAAUAAUAACAAAGUAGACGACAUAAACAGUUUGGGAAAUGAUGAUACUUCGUCUAAUAUACCAUUUUGUUCAAUCGCAUAUGAUUUUGUUGAUUCUAACUUGAUUAUUUCUGAUUCGAAACAAAAAAUUUAUAUAAUGAAUAUAAAUAAAAUAAUAGGGCCUAAAUAUGCUAUUUUUGACAUUUGUCCAAAUUCUUGUGAUAUAAAUGGAAAUAAAAAAAUACUAUUAAAAGGAAAAGGUUUCACUAAUGAGGGUAAAAUUGUUGUGAAAUAUCAAUCCGAAAAUACUACAUUAUAUAGUGAAGGAAUUUAUAUUAAUGAAAAUCAUAUAUAUACAAUAUCUCCUAAUGUACAAGAUAUAAUAAAUAAUAAGAUUUUUCAUGUCCAAUUAUCUAUUAACGAUAAAUGUUAUACAACAAAUAGUUGCAUCUUAAAGUACUAUUAUGAUAUUGAUCCUAAAAAUACUUUAAUUUUUGGUAGUGGAUUAUUAGAACCCGUAUGCUUAAGCGAACCUAAUAUAUUUUUUUUAAUAGCAAGAAAUUCUUUAAAUGAAAAUAAACAAAUUGGAGGAGAUAAAUUUAAAAUAAGUAUUAUAUAUGAACAUGAAAAUGAAGAACAUCAGCUGCAAUACAAAGUCUAUGAUAUAAACAAUGGAAUAUAUAUAGUAAAAUAUUUACCAUUUUACAAGGACGAAGAAAAAAUUAAGCCGAUUAAAUCUGAUAUUAAAAACGAAGAGAAUGGAACACAGGAUAUGGAAAACAUGGAGGAUAAAAAUACUGGAGAAAAUAUAAAUCCAAACAAACCGGUAAAUUCAAGUAGUAACAUCAAUGGUGAUCCUAAUAUAAAUAAAGAGGUAGACAAUAUGAAAACGGAGAUUCAUGAAGAUACCCAAAAUGAUCAGAAUGCGAGUCCAAAACAUACAGAGAUUUUAGAGCAAAUUGGAGCACUAAAAAUAACUGUAAAAGUUAACGACGAAAAUAUACGCAAUAGUCCAUUUACCAUAAAUGUGUAUAAUAAAAAACAAGAAAAGGAAUCAUACGUAAAAAAAUUUAUUAACAAUAGAUUAAAUGAUUUAAUAACUAAAGCAGAACAGGUGUUAGAACUAAUUAAAAACAAAAAUAUGAAUACAAAUAAUUUAAUUAAGCUAAAUAUCAAUAUUGAACAAUUCCUAAACAAAUUUUCCAAAUCAAUAUAUGAUAUAAAUAUAAUUGAGCAAUACAUGUUAUACGGGAAUAUAAACAUUAACAGUAUUGAACAAAUUAUAGAAAAACAGUAUGAACAAAAUAAUAUAAUAGAUGCAUAUUUAGAAGAUGAAGCUUUCAUUGAUAAGAAAAUUAACGAUUUGAUAGAAAAAGAAAAAGACAUCAAUCAGAAAAGAAAACUUAUCGAUUUGGAUCAAAACAAUAGCACCAAUUCUAAAAACAAUUAUGAUACCUCAGAAACAAAUGAAUCAAAUAAAGAAGCAAAAAUAAAUAGUGAUGAAACAACGAUUGGGUUAGACAAUGAACAUGUCGAAAUAAAUAAAAACCAAGGCGAGGUAAAUGCUAUUAAUCUAAAUAAUAUAGAAAACGAGUUUUUAAAAUUAAAAAAUAACGAAGAUAUGGUCAGAUUUAUAGAUGAAAAUAAACUCGAGUUUAUGGAUUAUAUUGACUUAAAUUCAAUGAAGAAGCUCAAAAAUUAUAUUACUCUUUUGAAUAAUGAAGAAACAAAUUUACGAAAUAAAAAAUUCACAAAAAGGAGUGAUGCUAAUAAAAGAAAUGAAACGAAUCAAUUAGCAGACACAAACAAAAUGAAUAACAAAGGAGGGAAAUAUGAUAAUUUACAUGAAGAAUACUUAUCACAAAAUAAUGAAAACAAAUGUGAAGUGAUAAGGAAUUUAUUAAUUUUUUACUACAAAUUAAGAUAUGUUUGUAUAUGUAAAAAAGAAAAAGAGCUAAAAGAUGAAUUUAUAAAAGAAGAAAAGGAAAGCAUAAAGAAAUUAAAAUUAAAUUAUAGAAAAUUUGCAAAUAUAAAAAAGAACUUAGAUAUAUCAAAUGUCUAUACCCAUAAUAAUGGUUAUGAAGAAUCAUUAAAAGAGCUUGAAAAUACAAAAAAAUAUCUAAUAGAAAUAAAGGAUGAAGUAAAAGAAAUAAAACAUAUUUCGGAUCAUAUAAUAAAGAUUGAUAAUGUAGAAGAACUAAAUAAAGAUAUCGAAAAUUUAGAUAGCGAAAUAAACGAGAUAGAGAAACUAUGGCUUUUUAUCAAAAAAAAAGAAGAAAUAUUAAAUAAUUAUUUUUUUUCAAGUUUUAAAGAUCUAAAUGUAGAAGACUUUGAUACUCAAGUUAAAAAAUUGCAAAAUGAUUUUAGAAAAAUAAAAGUAGACAAAAAACACAAUAUAUCAAAAGAAGAAACAUUAAAAUUAAAAGAAACGAUAAAAUUCAUUUCGGUUUUAAGUGAAUUGAAAAAAGAUUUUAUAAAAGAAAGACAUAUAAAAGAAAUCGAACAUAAUAUUAAUGAAGAAAAAGAAAGUAAUAACGAAGAAAAAAUAACCAUUCAAAUUGAUGAUAAUACACUAACCAUAUAUUUUUAUAAAUUAAAUGUAAUGAAAUAUCAUGAUACUAUUUCAGAAGUAAUAAUAAAAGCAUAUAAUGAAAAAUUGAUAGAAGAAACAAUAAAUAAAUUCCAAAAACAUUGGGAAAAUAUAUAUUUUAAAACGAAAAAUUAUAAAAAUGAUAUUAUAUUAGCAUAUAUAGAUGAUAAUUGUAUAGACACAAUAGAAGAACAUCAAAUUAUUUUGCAAAACUGUUUUUCUUCAAAAUAUUUUCUUUUCUUUUCAACGGAACUAAAUUUAUGGCAAAAAAAAAUAUCAAAUAUAUAUGAAGUCAUACAAUUACUUAAAGAUAUAGAAAAGUUAUGGGCCUAUUUACAAAAUAUGUAUAUAAAUUCAGAAGAAGUCAAAAAAGAAUUACCAUUAUAUUCAAAAUUCUUUUUAACAAUAAAUGAUGAAUAUCUAGAAAUGUUAAAACAAAUAAAUGAUAAUAAUACAAAAAUUGUCGAUUUUUCAAAUGAACCAGGUGCUAUAGAUAAGUUAGAAGAUUUAAAAGCAAAAUUAUGUAAAAGUGAAAAACCAUUAAAUGAAUAUUUAGAUUCAAAAAGAAAAUCAUUUCCUAGAUUCUUUUUUAUAUCAUCAACAGAUUUAAUAGAUAUAUUAUCCAACGGAAACAAUUUUAAACUUGUUAAUACUCAUAUUCAAAAAAUAUUUUUAUCCAUACGAAGUUUUGUAGAAAAUUAUGAAGAAUUAACUGACUAUGAAAAAGAAAAUGAAAUAAAAUUAAUAGCCGAUGCAAUAAGUAAUUCCAAUCUUAAAAGUGUGAAAGAGAAAAUUUCAAAAAAUUUACUAGGUCAAAGAAGUGCAAAAAAUAUAGAAAACUCCAAUGAUGAAAUCGAAACAAUUAUUACAAAAUUCAUUUCUUCUUAUGGAGAAGAAAUUUGUAAUUUUUAUGAACCUCUUAACUUAAAAGGAAAAGUGGAAUACUACCUAAAUGAUAUAAUUUCUCACAUUAAGCAUAAUCUUAAAUAUUAUAUUACAAACUUGUUCAAAAUGAAAAAUAUGUAUAAUAGUGAAAAAGACAAAUGGAUUGAUGAAAAUAAUUUAGCUCAAGUAUUUAUAUUAUGCAAUACUAUAUUUUUCGUUAAUGAUGUAGAAACAAUUUUAAGUAAGGAAGAUGGAAAUGUAUUAGAAGAAAUAACCAAAUACUAUAAAAAUCAUAUUCUACAAUUAGAAAAGGUUAUCAAAAAAGUUCAAAGACCACUAACUGUUAAAAACCGAAUAAAAAUUAUGUGUAUAAUUACUUUAGACACAUUUUACAGAGACGUACUAGAAGUUAUAUUAAAAAAUAAAAAUACAAUUUCAGCAAAUAUGUUUUAUUGGCAAUCACAAAUAAGAAUGUAUCCAAUGUUUAAAAAAAAAAAACAUUAUCAUGAAACGGUGCACAAAAAAAUAAGUAUAAAAUGUUAUCAACCUGAUGAAGAUAACAUAAAUGCUAAUGAACAAAAUGAAAAUGAAGGAGAUGGUCAAUCAGGAGAAACCCCCAAGGCUGAUGGCAAUGAUAAUCUAACCCAUAAAGAGAGUAAUAAUACCAUAAAAGAUGACAAUAGCAAUAAUAAUGACGCAAUGAGUGAUGGAAGUUGCAGAGAAGAUGCUGAUAUUUACAAAAAAAAUAAUAAUCUUGAUUUUAAAGAAUUAUAUAUAAAGAUAAAAAUUAUGGAUUGUUCAUUCGAUUAUUCCUAUGAUUAUAUAGGAAACUAUCAAAGACUAGUAAUCACGCCUCUUACAAGUCGUAUAUAUAUAACUGCAACACAGGCAUUAAGCUUAUAUAUGGGUUGUGCACCUGCUGGUCCCGCUGGUACAGGGAAAACAGAAACAACAAAAGAUUUAUCAAGUUUUUUUGGAAAAAAUUGCUACGUAUUUAAUUGCUCAGAUCAAUUAGAUUACAAAAGUAUGGGUAACAUAUUUAAAGGAAUUGGAAGUACAGGCUGUUGGUGUUGUUUUGAUGAAUUCAAUCGAUUAAUUCCUGAAGUAUUAUCUGUUUGUUCUAUUCAAUUUAAAUCGAUAUUAGAUUGCAAGCGUAAUAAUAAGAAGGUGUGUAUAAUAGGUUCUAACGAAAUAGUAGUUAAAAAAAAUUGCGCAGUUUUUAUUACUAUGAAUCCAGAUUAUUUAGGGCGAUCGAAAUUACCUGAAAGUUUAAAAAUAUUAUUUAGACCUAUUACAGUUAUUAUUCCCGAUUUUAAUAAAAUCUGUGAAAACAUGCUAAUGGCAGAAGGGUAUGUUGAUGCUAAAUAUUUAUCGAUUAAAUUUAUAACAUUUUUUGAAUUGAUUCAAAAUUUAUUAAAAGAUAAACAUUGUGAUUGGGGGUUAAGAAGUAUCAAAAGUGUUUUGACAAAAGCUGGAAUUCUUAAAAGGGCAUAUCCAGAAGCUGAUGAAAAUAAAUUACUAUAUUCAGCUAUACAUGAUAUUAACAUAGCAAAAAUAUCUUCUUCUAACUGUCCUAUUUUUUCAGGAUUAUUGAAUGAUAUAUUUUUUUCAAACCAAGAGAUAGAAACUGAUGAAAUGGAAAAUGGGGAUACUGAACAAUCUGUAUUGGAUAAGAAAGAAAAUGAAAGCAAUCCCGCAUUAAAUUCAGAAUUAAGCAAUCAUAAGGUUAACAAAGAAAAUACAGUAGUAGGAAAAAACAAUAAUAAUGUGAAAAAUAUUACUAAGGAAGACAAUACCAAAAUGAUCAAUUCAAACAACGACUUUUUCAAAUCAAAUAAUAUGGAAAAAGAUCUCAUGGAAAUUUGUAAAAAUAAUCAUUUAUUUGGCUUAGAUUAUUUCGUAAAAAAAAUAAUACAAUUACAUGAUAUAAUCAAUAUAAGACAUUGUGUGUUUAUUAUGGGGGAUGCAGGAUGUGGUAAAACAACUUUGUUUAAUAUGCUAUUGGAAUAUCAAAAAACAAAAUUAAAUUUAAAAACAGUAAGUAUUAAAAUAAACCCGAAAGCUAUAAAUAUUGACGAUUUAUAUGGAAGUGUUCAUAUGAAAACAAGAGAAUGGAAAGAUGGUGUUUUUUCAAAAUAUAUGAGAAGUUAUUCAAAAAAAGAGGAUUAUGAUAAAGCUUAUAUAAUUUUUGAUGGUAAUCUAGAUUCACAUUGGAUAGAAAAUAUGAAUUCAGUUAUGGAUGACAACAAAGUAUUAACUCUCUCAUCUAAUGAAAGAAUAUUGUUAAAAGAUCACAUGAAUUUAAUUUUUGAAUUUAGUGAUUUAAUGUUUACUACUCCUGCUACAAUAUCUCGGGCUGGUUUAGUUUAUUUUUCUGUUGAUCGCAAUUCGUUAUGGAAAAAUUAUUUUUUAUCAUGGAUAGAUAAGCAUGAUAAUUUUAAUAGCAAUAUUAAAAAACUAUUUGAAAAGUUAAUGUAUAAAUAUGUAGAACCCACUUUUUCGUAUUUAAACACAUUACAAACAUCUAUCAAGGUAUCACCUAUGUCUCAUAUACAAUCGUUAUCCUCUUUAUUAGACAUAUUAUUAAAGGAUAACAAUUUUGAAAGUGUAGAACAUUAUUUUAUAUAUGCAGUUAUAUGGUGUUUUGGCGGUUUUUUGGGAGAAAAAGACAAUAUUAACUAUAAAAAAUGUUUUGAUAAAUACUGGAAAAAUAAUUUUAAAAGUAUAAAGGUAAAUAGAAAAAUUAGCGUAUUUGAUUUUUACGUUGAAAAUAAUAAAUUUAAAGAAUGGGAUGAAUCAGAAAUAUGUAAUGAAAUCGAUGAUAAUUAUUUGUUAAACAAUGACAUAUUUGUUGAAACAGUAGAAAGUUGUGCUUAUAAAUAUAUUAGUAAACUAUUUUUGAAAUCAGAUAUGCCCAUUUUAUUUAUUGGAAAAACAGGUGUAGGUAAAACACAAUUGUGCAAAAAAAUAUUAAGUGAAGAAAAAGACAAUUUUAAAACUUUUUAUAUGAUAUUUAACUAUUACACUACAUCAAAAAAUGUACAAGCUUUAAUGCAAAGUUGUUUAGAAAAAAAAUCAGGAAAACAAUUUAGUCCCCCAUAUCAACAAAAACUUAUUUAUUUUAUUGACGAUAUUAAUAUGCCAAAAUGUGAUGAUUAUAAUACACAAAGUGCCAUCGAAUUAUUGUGUCAAUACAUAGAUACUAAUUCAUGGUUUGAUUUAGAAAAAUUAAAUUUAAUAAAUAUAUUAAAUACAAAACUUGUAUCAUGUAUGAAUUAUAAUAGAGGCAAUUUUACAAUAAAUCCAAGACUUUUACGACAUUUCUUUAUAUUAAAUAUUAAUUUCCCUGAAAAUAAUACUGUUAAUAAUAUUUUUAGUGUAUUAUUAAAAGGCCAUUUUAACAACUUCAAACAAGAUGUAGCAGAUAUUGUCCCAUCUAUAUUAAAGUCUACCAUAUCUUUAUAUUAUAAUAUAGAAAAAAUAUUUAAAAGAACAGCAACACACUUUUAUUACGAAUUUAAUUUAAGAGAUAUUCAUAGUAUUAUCAAAGGUUUAUUAACUGCAACUCCUAAUACUUUUCAAGAUUGUGAUAAAUUACUAUUUUUGUGGUUGCACGAAUGUGAAAGAGUUUAUUCUGACAAACUAAAUAGAGAAGAUAAAAAAAUAUAUAAAAAUAUUAUAAUUGAUAUAAUAAAAAAAAUGUAUAAUAAAUAUGAAAUCAAUAAGUUUGUUAACAAAUAUGAUAAUAAUCUAUUAUUAUUUUCUAAUUUUCAUAAAGGGAACCAUGAUAAGUGCUAUGAUCAAUGCAAAAAUAUUGAAGAAUUAACAUUGUAUUUAUCAGAAGAAUUAAUUGAAUAUAACAAUUUUUAUAAUUUAAAUAUUGUCCUAUUUAAUGAUGCUAUAAAACAUAUUUGUAAAUUAAUUAGAAUUAUAGAUAAUUUAAAAUCAGAUGCAUUAUUAUUAGGUAUAGGAGGAUGUGGAAAGACAACUAUUUCAAAAUUUUCCUCAUAUGUUGCAUCUAAAACUUUCAUAGAAAUAGAUUUUUCACGCCAUUGUACAGAUAAUGAUAUCAAAAAAUAUUUACAAAACAUAUUUCACAGGUGUGCUAUGAAAAAUGAAGAUAUUAUCCUUUUCUUAAAAGAAAGCAAAAUACAUGACAACUUUUUUAUAUAUAUUAACGAAUAUAUGUGUACAAAUAAUAUUAUCGAUUUAUAUACAAAAGAAGAAAAAGAUUAUGUAAUAAAUAAUAUAAGAAGCAUAGCUAAAUCAGAAAAUGUCAAAGAAACAGAUAAUGAUAUAUUUGAUUAUUAUAUCAAGAAAGUAAAUGAAAAUUUACACUUUAUUUUAUGUUUUUCACCUACUAGCAACAAUUUUAGAGAUAAAGCAAAUAAUUUCCAAUGUACAUUAAAUAAUACUAUGAUUGAUAUUUAUGACAAUUGGGAAGCUGAUUCAUUAAUGUGUGUUGGAAAAAAUUACGUAAAUAAUAUAUAUAUGAAUAUUAAUACAGGAGAUAUUAUACUUAACCAGGAUUAUAUAAAUCUAAAGAAUCAGGACACAACGAAACUAAGUAUAGACACAAAUGUGGGAAAUAAUAUAGAAAACCAAACUGAUCAACAAUAUGAGAAAAUCGAUAUGGAAGUAAACAAUUUAAACAAAAAAGUGAACUCUCUAGAAAAUGUAGAUAUAAAUUAUAACACUAAAAAUUAUCAAACAGUAGAAGAACCAUCUCAUUGUGCUACUGAUUUUCAAACUAAUAAAGACAUAACAAAAGGAAUAGAAAACAUAGAUCCAUCGAAAAAUUUACCAUUGUUUAAUAAAGACGAAUAUGUAAACCUAAAAGAUAUAAUAACAGAAUAUCUGAAAGAAUGUUAUGAAGAUAUAUUAGAUAUAUCAUCUGAUUAUUAUUCCCAUGAAAGGUCUCAUAUAUAUAUAACACCUAAAUUAUAUCUAGAAAGUAUAAAGACAUAUCAUAUUAUGCUAUUAAAAAAUGUUACAAAUAUAAACAACAAAAUGAAUAUGCUAAAAAAUGGAAUUACAAAAAUGAAUGAAACACGUUCAAAUGUAGAAAUAAUAAAAAAUUGUUUAAAAGAGAAAAAAAAAGUGUCAGAAGAAAAAAAAGAAUCCGCUGAAAAAUAUGCUAUUGAUAUUGGAAAUGAAAAAAUGAUCGUUAAGCAAGAAAGUGAAUUAGCAGAUAUCGAAGAAAAAAAUUGUUUAGAAAUUCAAACGAUUGUAUUAAAACAACAAGAAGAAUGUGAAAAUGAUAUAAUAUUAGGUAUACCACUAAUAGAACAAGCUGAAGAAGCACUGAAUACAUUAAAUAAAAAAAAUAUACAAGAAUUAAAAACAUUAAAUAAACCACCACCAGGUGUUGAAGAUAUCACAGCUGCUGUUAUGCAAUUAUUAGCUACAAUUGAUACAACUAUAUCUGUUGAUAAAUUUGGAAAAAUAAAAGACUCAAGCUGGAAAUCAGCACAAAAAAUGAUGAUUAAUCCUGAAAAGUUUAUAUCUUUAUUAAAAGAUUAUAAAAAUAAGAUUGAUGAAAAUCUAGUUCCAGAUUGUAAUUUUAAAUAUGUAGAAAAUUUAAUUAAAUUACCUCACUUUAACAAAAAUGCAAUUCAAAAAAAAUCGAAAGCCGCAGCCGGUUUAGCUGAAUGGGUAUUAAACAUUACAUCCUUUUAUAAGAUUAUACAAAAUAUAUUACCAAAAAGAAUAUUAUUAGAUAAUACGAAAAAGAGCCUUGAGGAAGCAAAUGAGAAAUUACAAAAUGUUAGAGAAAAAGUACAAUCACUUAAAGAAAAAUUAAGCGAUUUAAUAAAUAUAUAUGAACGUGCUAUUUAUGAAAGAGAUUUAGUUAUUUUAGAAGAAAAGAAAUUAAAAACUAAAUUAGAAUUAUCUAUUAGAUUAAUAGAUGCUUUGAGUAGCGAACAAAUAUCAUGGUCUAAUCAAUAUGAAAGUUUAAAAAAAAAGAAAAAAACAAUUUUAACAGAUAUAUUAUUAUCUUCUACAUUUGUAACAUUUUGUGGAGGAUUUACAAAAAAAUAUAGAAAUAAAAUAAUGGCAAAAUGUAUAGAUACAUUGAAUAAAAAAAAUGAAAUUCAAAAUAAAGCUUUUGUAAAUCUUUUCAAAAAUAGUCUAAAUGGUACGACUACAGAGCAUGGAACAAUUAACAACCCAAACAAAUUUGGUUAUACACCUACAAAUGAAGAUGCAAAUAAGUAUGGAAAUAAUAAAAGCGAUAACAAUAAUGUUAAAAAUAAUGGUGAGGAUUCCAGAAUGAAGAACAGUGUAUCUUCUAUGAACCCAAAAGGAAAAGAUAAAGAUGAGACAUGUAGCGAUAAAGAAAAUGAAAAUGAGGAUAAAUCAAUAUAUGAUAUAUUUGCAGCAAGCAAUUUUAAUUUAGAUUUAUUAGUAAAUGAAGAAAUAUUAUCAAAAUUAAGUAAACAAGGAUUAACAUUAAAUUCUGUCUGUAUUGAAAAUAAUGUAAUUUUAGAAAAUAGCGAAAAGUUUCCUAUUAUUAUAGAUCCUCAAAUGGAAAGUUUAAAAUGGCUAAUUAAUAACCAAAAAGAAAAAAGCGCAAAAUUAAUAAUAACAGAUAUUAAUGAUAAAAUGCUAGAUAAACAAAUAGAAGAAUGUAUAUCAUAUGGAUAUUCUAUUAUUAUAGAAAAUGCUGAUGAAUAUAUUGAUAAUACAUUAUAUAAUGUUAUAUCAAAAAAUAUUAUAAAAAGAAAAAAUAAUUAUUAUAUAAAUAUAAAUGAUAAAGAAAUUAUAUUCCAUCCAGAUUUCUAUAUAAUUUUACAUACACAAUUGUCUAAUCCUCAUUAUCAACCUGAAAUUCAAUCAGCAUGUUCUUUAAUUAAUUUCACUGUUACCCCUGAUGAUUUAGAAGAACACUUAUUAUCCAUUACUUUGCAAAAUGAAUUUAAUCAAUUAUAUAAAAAGAAAAAAAAAUUAUCUUUAUUAAAAUAUGAUUAUAUGUGUCAAUUAUCAUUUUUACAAUCUUCGAUUCUACAAAAAUUAACUGAUGCUAAAGGAGAUAUUUUAGAAGAUGUUUCACUUAUUGAAAAUCUCGAAAAAACCAAAUUAUUAAGUGAAAAUAUUGUUAAAAAAAGUGAAAUUGUCAAAAGUACAGAAGUACAUAUUAAUACGAUUAUUAAUUUAUAUAGACCUUUAUCAAAAAGAGGAGUCAUGUAUUUUUUCAUUUUACAAAAACUCAAAAACCUUCAUCACUUUUAUUUUUAUUCUUUAGAAAUAUUCUUGAAAAUUUUUAUAAAAUGCUUACAUGAUUGCUCAAAGAAUAAUUUUUCAUAUAGCGAAAAACCAGAUUUGAAAAAAAAGAAGAAAAGAAAAUAUAAAAAAAAACCAAAAGAAAGUCUUGAAAAAGACGCUGAAAAUAGCAUACACGCCGAAGCUCCAACAAUAAAUGUAUACAGUGAUAAAGAGCAGGAAAAUAACUUAGAAUUUCUCGAGUCACCAACUAACUUAAGAGAAGUAGAAGAGGUUCAUGAUGAAGACGCUGGAGAUGUUGAAGGUGUGUCGGAAAAUGUGAAUAUCGAUGAAGUGAAUGAAACAGAAGCAAUAGAAACUAAAAAAAUAGACGAAGACAAAGAAGCUAACGAAGUAGAUGCAAUUCAAAUAGAUGAAAUCGAAAUUGAUGAAUAUGAAGAAGAAACCGAUGAGGAAGAGACAAUAGACGAAAGUCUAGAAAGUGAUGACUUUGAAAAUGAUGAUAUCAAAAACGAGGAAAUAAAAAUAGAUAAAAAUGAGGUAGAAAAAAGAGUGAGCAUGCUAAUAAAUAUGCUGAUUGUAAAAAUGUGGAUGUAUAUCGAUAAGGGGUUAUUAGAAAAGGAUAAACUAAUUGUAAAAUGCUUAAUUAUGUUAAAUUUAGAAAAGUUAAAUGGUAAAAUAACCCAAGAAGAAGAAGCAAUAUUUAUAAAUCCAAAACAUAAAUUAUAUAAUAAAACAAAUGAAAAAACAUAUAAUAAAAAGAAAAAUGAGAAUAUAGAAAAGAAAAUAAUAAACAAAUCAUUUAUUAGCGAAGAAUUAUAUGAAGAUUGUAAAAAUCUAGAAAACUUAAAAGAUUUUGAAAAUUUAAUUGAUAGUUUUGAAAAUGAAAAUAUGUCAUGGAAACAAUGGCUCUUAUGCGAAAAGGUUGAAAACGAAGAAUUACCUAGAAAAUUUAAUAAAUUAAAAGAUUUUUCAAAAUUAUUAUUAAUCAGAAUAUUACGUAAAGAUAGGUUUUUAAUUGCCUUAAAGACGUAUAUUGAAAAACAUAUUAAAAUGACUAAUGAAGAGCAAAAUAAAUAUUCUUUGGAAAAUAUAUUAGAAGAAUAUAUCGAUAACAAAACACCCGUUUUAUUCUUGUUAACUCCUGGUAAUGAUCCAUCUAAGGAUAUAGAAAAUUAUAUUGAAAAGCUGAGAAGACAAAAAAAUGAAGAUGAUAUCAAAAAAAAUAUUAACAAAAUAGGAAUUAACAUAGAAGAUGAUAAUAAUGAUAACGAAAAUGAUGACACAACUAAUGAAGAGUCCAGUAAAAAUAUAUCUUAUAUUAACAUUUCCAUGGGUCAAGGACAAGAAAGUGUAGCAUUAAAAUAUUUAGAAGAAAUAUCAAAAGUUGGAGGUUACAUAUAUUUACAAAAUAUUCAUUUGAUGACAAAAUGGCUAAAAGAAUUUGAAGAAAUACUUGAUAAAAUACUAUUAAAUUCUCAUAAAGAUUUUCGAUUAUUCUUAUCAUCAACUAUUCCAUUUGAAGAUAAUACACAAUUAUUGCCUGAAAAAUUGUUAAAAAAAUGUUUCAGAGUAAAUAAUGAAAAAUCUUAUAGUUUAAAAGAAAAUAUAAAAUGCUGUCUCGAUAAAUUCGAAAAUAAAGAAUAUGACACAAAAAUAAAAACAGUUAUAUUUGGUUUGUCAUAUUAUCAUAGUUUAUUGUUGGGAAGGUUUUUAUAUGGAAAAAUUGGUUUUAGUCAAGUCUAUUCAUUUAAUGAUAACGAUUUAGAAAUAUCCUUCAAUAUUAUAAAAAGGUAUCUAAGUAAUAAUGAAAAUUUCCCAUUAGCUGAUGUUCUAUUUUUAAUCGGUGAAAUAAUUUAUGGAGGGCAUAUUACUGAUAUAUGGGAUAGACGAAUAAACAAAACAUAUAUAAGAAAUAUAUUAAAAGAGAUAUACAAAAAUAUAAUUAAUAUAAAUGAAAAGGAAAGAAAUGACAAUGAACAAUCCAGUAAUAAAAACAAUACUAAUAAUAACAAUAUGGGUAGACUUACCAAUGGACACAAAAAUGAUAAUAACAACAUAGAUAGUGAUGAAGAAAGAGAUGAAAUAAAUAACAAUGAAAUGGGUGAUAUAACAAAUUCGGAUAUAGAAGAAAAAAAUAUGCUAAAAAAUAAUAAAAAAAAUAUUUUGUUUGAAUUUUUUAGAUUUCCUGAUUGUAGUAAAUAUAAUAUUAAUCAACUGAAAAAAUAUAUUGAUGAAAAAUUAAAUAAAGAACAAACAUAUUUAUUAGGUUUACACAUAAAUGCAGAAAUAGAAUAUAUGAAAAAUGAAUGUUAUAGAAUAUUACAAAAUUUACAUGAAUUAGGAAAUAAAGAUAUUGCAUCCUCUUCAGAUUAUAAGGAUGAAAAUAAAAAAAAUAAAGCUAUCGAAAAUGAACGAAACAAGGAAAGUCAAGAAGAAAAGAAAUGUAACAAAAAAGAUACUGGAAAUAAUGACGGAAUAACAAUCAUAUAUGAUAUAAUAAAUACAUUAUUAAAUGAACUUCCUGAAAAAAUAAAUAUAGAUGAUUUAAAAAUAGACGAAAUUGAAAAUAAUACAUUUGUGGUUAUAGCAAUAAAAGAAGCAGAAAAUUUUAACAAACUAAUUGAAUGUGUACAUGAUACAUUAAUAGAAAUAAAACUGGUUUUAGACGGUAUAUUAAAUGUUAAUGAUAAAAUACAAAAUACUAUUAGAUCAUUAUUAUUACAUAAUAUACCAGAAAUAUGGAAAAAAUACUCUUAUCCUUCAAAAAAAAAAUUAAUGCCAUGGUUUGAAAAUUUCAAAUUAAGAAUUAUAUUUAUAAAAGAAUGGAUAGCAAAAAUACGAAAUAAUAUUUAUUUGCCUAAUUCUGUAUGGUUAUCUGCUUUAUUUAAUCCUAUUUCAUUUUUAACUGCAAUUAAACAAAUGUUUUCACAUAAAAAUAAUGUGCCUAUUGAUAAAUUAAAAUUAAAAUGGCAUGUAACAAAUAUAACUAAAGUAGAAGAUAUAAUUAAUAAAAAUAAUUCUUUAUAUAUACAUGGACUAUUCUUACAAGGUGCUUCAUGGCUUAUUAAUUCAAAAAAUGAUGCAUUUGCAUUUGAUAUUUCAAAUUUAAGUGGAAAUACAUCAUAUGGAAAUAUAAUCGAAUCUGUUCCUAAAAAUGCAUACUUUUCCAUGCCAGUACUUUAUGUUUAUUGUAUAACAAAUGAACAGGAUGAAAUGUUGAACCAAAAUACGGAAUCAAGAUAUCUUAAUACACCUUUAUACAUAACAUCUGACAGAGGAAAUACAUUUGUUUGUUCGGUUGAUUUGAACCUUGAUAUUGAUGAUAUUGAAGACAAAUGGAUUUUAGCCGGAGUUGCCCUUGUUCUUUCCGAUGACUAA